GACAUAUUUUCAGUACAAGCUGCCACUGAGAAAGGUGCUAGUGUUAUUUUCCAUCCACAGUCUGCAAAGCUAAUCAGCAAAGAUGGUACGAAGAUUAAUAUCGAGAAGCAUGGUAAACUAUACUAUUUACAUGUAGGACCAUGUAGUGAUGUAGAAAACACUGACUCAGUAAAUUAUAAUAGUGAUUUAAAGGGCUGGCAUGAAAUAAAUGGUCAUUGCAAUUAUGAAGAUGUAGUGAAGCUCCAAGAUGUAGUUGAUGGCAUGAAGGUAAGUGAUAGCAGUAGUAAACCAGAUUGUGAUACUUGUGUUUUAGGGAAAAUGACUCAAAGUAGGAAUAGAAAUCCCGAUGUUCGAUCUAAAGCCCCUUUAGAGCUUGUCCACACUAAUCUUGCACGUCCAGUUGAUCCUAUGUCAAAGGAAGGAUAUAGAUAUACCAUAGCUUUCACUGAUGAUUAUUCAGGUUCUGUGUUUGUGUGUUUUCUUAAAAAUAAGAGUGAUACUGUCGAGGCCACAGAGAAAUUCCUACCUGAUUCAGCCCCAUGUUCCUCACGCUGAGCACAAGGUUCCAGACGCUGAGCACCAAGGUUCCUCACCCUAAGCACAAGGUUCCUCACGCUGAGGACAAGGCUCCUCACGCGGAGGAAAAAAUUCCUCACGCGGAGGGAAAAGUUCCUCACGCUGAGGACAAGGUUCCUCACGCGGAGGAAAAGGUCCCUCAGGCAGAGGGAAAAGUUCCUUAAGCUGAGGACAAGGUUCCUCACGCGGAGGACAAUGCUCCUCACGCGGAGGACAAGGUUCCUCAUGCUGACGACAAGGUUCCUCACGCUGAGGACAAGGUUCCUCACGCUGGGAACAAGGUACCUCAGGCCGAAGACAAGGUUCCUCACGCUGAGGCCAAGGUUAUUCACGCUGAGGACAAGAUUCCUCACGCUGAGGACAAGGUUCCUCACCCUGAGGACAAGGUCUUAUCACGUUGAGGACAAGGUUCCUCACGUUGAGGACAAGGUUGUUAACAGUGAGGACAAGGUUCCUGACGCUUAGGACAAGUAUCUUCACGCUGAGGACAAGGUUCAUCACGCUGAGGACCAGGUUCCUCACGUUGAGGACAAGGUUCUCACGCCGAGGACAAGGUUCCUCACGCUGAGGACAAGGUUCCUCACGCUGAGUACAAGGUUCCGCACGCUGAGGACAAGGUUCCGCACGCUGAGGACAAGAUUCCUCACGCUGAGGACAAGGUUCCUCACGCUGAGGACAAGGUUCCUCACGCUGAGGACAAGGUUCCUCACGCUGACGACAAGGUUCCUCACGCUGAGAAUAAGUUUCCUCACGCUGAGGAUAAGGUUCCCCACGCUGAGGACAAGGUUCCUCAGGCUGAGGACAAGGAUCCUCACGCUGAGGACAAGGUUCCUCACGCUGAGAGCAAGCAUCCUCGCGCCGCGGACAAGGUUGCUCACGGUGAGGACAAGGUUCCUCACCCUGAGGACAAGGUUCCUUACGCUGAAGACAAGGUCGCUCACGCUAACGACAACGAUCCUCACGCUGAGGACAAGGUUCCUCAAUCUGAGGACAAGGUUCCUCACACUGAGGACAAGGUACCUCACACUGAGGACAAGGUUCCUCACGCUGAGGACAAGGUUCCUCACGCUGAGAAGAAGAUUGCUCACUCUGAGGACAAGGUUCCUCCCGCUGAGGACAAGGUACCUCACACUGAGGAAAAAGUGCCCCACACUGAGGACAAGGUUCCUCACGCUUAGGACAAGGUUGCUCAAGCUGAGGACAAAGUACCUCACACUGGGGACAAGGUUCCUCACGCUGAAAACAAGGUUGGUCACGCUGAGGACAAGGUCCUUGACGCUUAGGACGAGGAUCCUCACGCUGAGGGCAAGGUUCAUCACGCUGAGCACAAGGUUCCUCAUGCUGAGGACAAGGUUCCUCACGCCGAGGACAAGGUUCCUCAUGCUGAGGACAAGGUUCCUCACGCUGAGUACAAGGUUACGCACGCUGAGGACAAGGUUCCUCACGCUGAGGACAAGAUUCCUCACGCUGAGGACAAGGAUCCUCACGCUGAGGACAAGGUUCCUCACGCUGAGGAGAAGGUUGCUCACGCUGAGGACAAGGUUCCUCAUGCUGAGGACAAGGUUCCUCACGCUGAGGACAAGGUUUCUCACGCUGAGAAUAAGGUUCCUCACGCUGAGGAUAAGGUUCCUCACGCUGAGGACAAGGUUCCUCACGCUGAAGACAAGGUUCCUCACGCUCACGCCAAUUAUCCUCACGCUGAGAACAAGGUUCCUCACGCUGAGGACAAUUAUCCUCACGCUGAGGACAAGGUUCCUCACGCUGAGGACAAGGUUGCUCACGGUGAGGACAAGGUUCCUCACCCUGAGGACAAGGUUCCUCACGCUGAAGACAAGGUCCCUUACGCUAACGACAAGGAUCCUCACGCUGAGGACAAGGUUCCUCACGCUGAGGACAAGGUUCCUCACGCUGAGGACAAGGUUCCUCACACUGAGGACAAGGUACCUCACGCUGAGGUCAAGGUCCGUCACGCUGAGCACAACGUUCCUCACGCUGAGGACAAGGUACCUCACACUGAGGAGAAGGUACCUCACACUGAGGACAAGGUUCGUCAUGCUGAGGACAAGGUUCCUCAAGCUGAAGACAAGCUACCUCACACUGAGGGCAAGGGGCCUCACACUGAGGACAAGGUUCUUCACGCUGAGGACAAGGUUCCUCACGAUGAGGAGAAGGUUCCUCACGCUGAGGACAAGGUACUUCACACUGAAGACAAGGUUCCUCAAGCUGAGGACAAGGUAGCUCACACUGAGGACAAGGUACCUCACACUGAGGACAAGGUUCCUCACGCUGAGGACAAGGUUUUUCACGCUGACAACAAGGUUCCUCAAGCUGCGGACACGGUACCUCACCCUGACGACAAGGUACCUCACACUGAGGACAAGGUUCCUCACGUUGGGGACAAGGAUCCUCACGCUGAGGACAAGAUUCCUCACGCUGAGGACAAGGUUCCUCACGCUGAAGACAAGGUUCCUCACGCUGAGCACAACGUUCUUCACACUGAGGACAAGGUACCUCACACUGAGGACAAGGUACCUCACAGUGAGGGCAAGGCUCCUCAUGCUGAGGACAAGGUUCCUCACGGUGAGGACAAGGUUCCUCACGCUGAGGACAAGAGACCUCACACUGAGGACCAGGUCCCUCGCACUGAGGACAAGGUUCCUCACGCUGAGGACAAUUUUCCCCACGCUGAGUACAGGGUACCUCAUGCUGAGGACAAGGUUCUUCACGCUGAGGGCAAGAUUCCUCACGCUGAGGACCAGGUACCUCACAGUGAGGACCAGGUUCGUCACAAUGAGGACAUGGUUCCUCACGCUGAGGACAAGGAUCCUCACGCUGAGUAGAAGGUACCUCAUGCUGAGGACAAGGUUCCUCACGCUGAGGACAAGGUUCCUCACGCUGAGGACAAGGUUCCUCACGCUGAGGACAAUGGUCCUCACGCUGAGGACAAUAUACCUCACACUGGGGACAAUGUUCGUCAAGCUUAGGACACGGUACCUGACCCUGACGACAAGGUACCUCACACUGAGGACAAUGUUCCUCACGUUGGGGACAAGGUUCCUCACGCUGAGGACAAGAUUCCUCACGCGGAGGACAAGGUUCUUCACGCUGAAGACAAGGUUUCUCACGCUGAGCACAACGUUCCUCACACUGAGGACAAGGUACCUCACACUGAGGACAAGGUACCUCACAGUGAGGGCAAGGUUCCUCAUGCUGAGGACAAGGUUCCUCACGCUGAGUACAAGGAUCUUCACGCUGAGGACAAGGUACCUCACACUGAGGACAAGGUUCUUCACGCUGAGAACAAGGUUCCACACGCUGAGGACAAGGUUCCUCACGCUGAGGACAAGGUUCCUCACGCUGAGGACAAGUGUCCUCACGCUGAGAACAAGGUACCUCACACUGAGGACCAGGUACCUCACAGUGAGGACCAGGUUCGUCACACUGAGGACAAGGUUCCUCACGCUGAGGACAAGGUUCCUCACGCUGAGUAGAAGGUACCUCAUGCUCAGGACAAGGUUCCUCACGCUGAGGAGAAGGAUCCUCACGCUGAGGACAAGGGUCCUCACGCUGAGGACAAUGUACCUCACACUGAGGACAAGGUUCCUCAAGCUGAAGUCAUGGUACCUCACCCUGACGACAAGGUACCUCACACUGAGGACAAGGUUCCUCACGUUGGGGACAAGGUUCCUCACGCUGAGGACAAGGUUCCUCACGCUGAGCGCAAAGUUCCUCACACUGAGGACAAGGUACCUCACACUGAGGAUAAGGUACCUCACAGUGAGGGCAAGGUUCCUCAUGCUGACGACAAGGUUCCUCAAGCUGAAGACAAGGUACCUCACACUGAGGACAAGGAACCUCACAGUGAGGACAAGGUUCCUCACGCUGAAAACAAGGUUCCUAACGCUGAGCACAACAUUCCUCAGGCUGAGGACAAGGUACCUCACACUAAGGACAAGGUACCCCACACAGAGGACAAGGUUCCUCACGCUGAGGACAAGGUUCCUCAAGCUGAGGACAAAGUACUUCACACUGAGGACAAGGUUCCUCAAACUGAGGACAAGGUUCCUCACGCUGAGAACAAGGUUCCUCACGCUGAGCACAAGGUACCUCAUGGUGAGGACAAGAUUCCUCACGGUGAGGACAAGGUUCCUCACGCUGAGGACAAGGUACCUCACACUGCGGACAAGUUUUCUCACGCGGAGGAUAAGGUUCCUCACGCUGAGGACAAGGUUCCUCACGCUGACGACAAAGUUACUCACGCUGUGGACAAGGUCGUCACGCUGAGGACAAGGUUUCUAAGGCUGAGGACAAGGUUCCUCACGCUGAGGACAAGGUUCCUCACGCUGAGGACAAGGUUCCUCACGCUGAUGACAAGGUUCCUCACGCUGAGGACAAG